AGGCUUGCUGGAGAAUCACUGAGAGCUACAGAGGACGAGAGUACUGUCAUGUCAGAUUACGGGAGUAGGAACGCUGCCGGCUCGCAGAAUGGCAGAUCUCACGGCGGUAACCGUACCGCACAUGUGACCAGUCCGAGCGUUGGAAAUAAGGUGACUGUGGUACUCGGAGCUCAGUGGGGCGACGAAGGCAAGGGGAAGGUUGUUGACUUGCUCGCCCAGGACGCUGACAUUGUCUGCAGAUGUCAGGGUGGCAACAAUGCAGGACACACGGUUGUGGUUGACUCUGUGGAGUAUGACUUUCAUCUGUUACCUAGUGGCAUUAUCAACCCCAAGGUCACCGCUUUUAUUGGUAAUGGAGUAGUCAUUCACCUCCCUGGCCUCUUUGAGGAGGCCGAGAAGAAUGUACGGAAGGGAAAAGGUCUGGAGGGCUGGGAAAACAGGCUUGUCAUCUCCGACCGCGCCCACAUUGUGUUUGAUUUCCAUCAAGCUGUAGAUGGAGUUCAGGAGCAGGAGAGACAGCAACAAGCUGGCAAAAAUUUAGGAACAACGAAAAAGGGCAUUGGCCCAGUGUAUUCAGCCAAGGCGGCCAGGAGUGGUCUGCGAAUAUGUGACCUUCUGUCUGACUUUCAACAGUUUUCGGAAAGAUAUAAAAACUUGGCCUGGCAGUACAAGUCUAUGUACCCAUCACUGGAGAUAGACAUUGAUGGGGAGUUGGAGAAACUCAAGGCGUACGUGGAGAGAAUAAAGCCUAUGGUGAGGGAUGGCGUGUUCUUCAUGUAUGAGGCUCUGCAUGGGUCUCCUAAAAAGAUCCUGGUGGAAGGUGCCAAUGCUGCCCUGCUGGACAUUGACUUUGGAACGUACCCAUUUGUAACCUCGUCCAACUGCACCGUGGGUGGGGUAUGCACGGGUCUGGGCAUGCCUCCCCACAACGUGGGAGAGGUGUAUGGUGUCGUCAAGGCCUACACGACGCGAGUGGGCAUCGGGGCCUUCCCCUCGGAACAGAGCAACGAAAUUGGGGAGCUGCUUCAGACAAGAGGGAAGGAGGUGGGUGUGACCACUGGCCGCAAGAGGAGAUGUGGUUGGCUGGAUCUGGUGCUUGUCAGAUAUGCCCACAUGAUUAAUGGCUUCACAGCCAUAGCUUUAACCAAAUUGGACAUUUUGGACAUCUUCCCUGAGAUCAAAAUUGGUGUGGCCUACAAGGUAGACAAUGAAUCCAUACCACAUUUCCCUGCCAAUCAGGAGGUGUUGCACAGGGUUGAGGUGCAGUAUGUGAUCUUACCUGGCUGGAACAGUGACACCUCAGCUGCCAGAACCUUCGAAGAGCUUCCAGAAAAUGCGCAGAAAUAUGUUCGCUUCAUCGAAGAACACCUGGGGGUGCCUGUGAAAUGGAUUGGUGUUGGCAAGUCGCGAGAGUCAAUGAUCCAGCUGUUCUGAGUGGCCAUGGUGCCCACCCCUGGCACAGUCCUCAUUCGCCAUGGUGACCUAUCACAUCGGGGGCUUACCAGUUCAUGACCGCAGAACAGGAUCCUGCUUCUCAUAUCUCCACUCACUACAGGCAGAAAAAAGGAUCCUUUUUUCUUCACAUGUGAUCCUCUGUUCAGCUUUGAUCUCAUAACCUCUUAUCUUUGGAGGUCAUUGUGGGGACACCAUAGUAGAAUGUUCUUUGACCAUUAGGGAAGAGACUCUUCAACCUCUCGCUAGCACCCAGUGGUCAUUUCCAUGAGUUGCUCUGUUUCACCUGUCCCUAGUGUACCGGUUUGUCUCGUUCUCCUGGUGCCGUGUUUACAGUCUGCUUUUAAUCAAGCUUAGAACCUCCAUUUUUAUGUGCCAUGAUCUUCAGCCAGCUUUGUUUGGUUAAUGCAGACCUCGACCUUUAUUGUAAACCACAACUUUUUGUUUUCCUAUUUUCAUUAAUUACUAUCAUUUUCACAAGCAAAAUGUCUCAAGGAGCUAACACAGCUAACAGUAUCAUUUUUUUUAAACUAUGGUUUUGACACUUUAUCCAAAUUCAGAAAAUAAGCCAUUUGAAAUUUGUAUUAAUGUGCCGCUGGAACUUAUUUCAGUUUCGCGGUUUAGUUCAUGCUUUGGUAGUUCUGGUUCAUCUGUUGGAGUGCAGUUCAAAUGGGUACAACCAGUUUUGUUAACUUGCCCAUCACAUUGGUGAUGCCUUCGCUGUCAGUCAACCUGUGUUACCACCCUAUUACCUGUACCUUUCAAAGGCUCCAAAUCUAGGUCCACAAAAGGGCGCAACAUAAAAAAAACCCCACGAAGACGCACUCUGUAUGGGAUUUUCAGUGUUGUAUUGUUGGUUUUCUGAUUGUAC